AACUAGAAAAAAAACAAAAGGUCACCGGUUGUGACGUCACGACACGUUGUUUUUGUUCCGACGGAAGAUUUUCAGUGUGACACCAAAACAUGAAGCGAGAGGACUGCGAGUACACGAGCUGCUACUGUGAGGAGAACGUGUGGAAGCUGUGUGAGUCUGUCCGGUCGGAGAGAACCGCCCCGCUGGAGGAACUGUUUGUGGUUUUCAUCUCCAAUGACAGCAGAACGGUUCCUCUGUGGAAGCAGAAGUCUGGACGAGGAGACCAGCCGGACUACCACGUCGUCCUGCUGCAGCUCGGCCCGACCUCUUCUUCUUCUGUGGUUUACGACCUCGACUCAGAGCUGCCGUUCCCCUGCAGCCUGGAGCUCUACGCCACCCAGGCGCUCCGCUCAGACCGCCACAUCAACCCCGCCUACCACAGGAAGUUGCGUGUGGUUCCUGCUGACAGCUUCCUGUCCAGCUUUGCGUCCGAUCGUUCCCACAUGAGGAACGCCGACGGCUCGUGGAGGAUGCCGCCGCCGCCCUACCCCCCCAUCCACACCGCAGAGUGUCAGAUGAACCUGGACGACUUCAUCAGUAUGAGUCCGUCUGUCGGCGUGGGGACCGUCUUCAGCCUGGAACACUUCCUGCAGAGACAACUAGAGGGCUCCUCGCCGUAGCUCCUCCUCCUCGCCGUAGCUCCUCCUCCUCACCAUAGCUCCUCCUCCUCGCCGUAGCUCCUCCUCCUCCUCGUCGUAGCUCCUCCUCCUCACCAUAGCUCCUCCUCCUCGCCGUAGCUCCUCCUCCUCCUCCUCGUUGCUCCUCCUCCUCACCAUAGCUCCUCCUCCUCACCGUAGCUCCUCCUCCUCCUCGCCAUAGCCCCUCCUCCUCCUCGCCGUAGCUCCUCCUCCUCCUCGCCAUAGCCCCUCCUCCUCGCCGUAGCUCCUCCUCCUCCUCGCCGUAGCUCCUCCUCCUCCUCGCCGUAGCUCCUCCUCCUCGCCAUAGCUCCUCCUCCUCGCCGUAGCUCCUCCUCCUCCUCGCCGUCCUCCUCCUCCUCCUCCUCCUCCUCCUCCUCCUCCUCCUGGCCUCCAGCUGGAAACAGAACUGAUUAGUUUACGGUCCCUGAUUUCUUUUGUCUCUAUGAUAAAAUGUUUUAUUGUGAAAGGGUUAGGGAGCUUCCUGUUGCCCAACUGGAGACUGAAUAUUAAAUAUUAAUGUUGUUAUUAUUUAAAGUCUGUUUUUAAUAUUUGAGUCUGAUGUUCAUAAAAGGUUCCAACAGUUCGUCUCAGACUUGUUUUACUGGUUUCAUGUGAAAAUAAAAGAGAGAAGAAUCCGUCUCAUGGAGGUAAAAACUACCAGACAUGAGUCUGUUGCACUAAAUUACCAGAAAAGAUACAAAAUGACCAAUAAAACACAAUAAUAAGACAAAAAAGCUUUAAAAUGACAGUACAAAAAUACACAAAAUUACUAAAAAGAAGACCGAAAUUGACCAAAAAUUACACAAAAUGACCAAAAAAUGUCACUAAAUUGCCAGAAAAGAUACAAAAUGACAGUAAAACACAGUAAAUGAUCCAAAAGACAAAAAAUAGCUUUAUAACCAAAAAUUACACAAAAUUACACAAAAUGACCAAUAAAACAUACAAAUUGACCAAAAAGACAAAAAAGCUUUAAAAUGAUCAAAAAUGACACAAAAUGAUGCUCUCCCUAUCAAUAAAAUAAAUCAAUAUAUAAUAAUAUAAUUUAAAUAUGAAAAUGGCCAAAAUAAAUAAAUACUACCAGACAUUAAAUCAUUUUCAGAACUUUAAUCCUUAUAUGCCAGUUUAUAUAUUUGAAUUUUUCCAUAAUUUCUUCCAAAAGAACAUAAAAGACAUUAAUCCAUUAAACAUUAAUAGAAACAGAAAACACAGAAACAUGAUCAAUAAUUCAUCAAUCAUUAUAAUAUAAUAUUAAUAUUUAUCCAAAAGAAAGUCAGUCUCUUCAUAGAAAAUGUUUCUGGACAGCGUUAUAUUACUUAUUAUUAUAU